AUGCGGCCCCGCCUGCGGCCGCCCUCCGACCUGGGCCUGGCGCUGGCGUCGGCCGCGCUGGCGCUGCUGCUGCUGCUCACGCUGCCGUCGCCGCCCGUCUGCCCCGCCCCCGAGGAGCCCGCGGAGCCCCCGGGCGCCCCCGCGGCGCCCCCUCCGCGCGCGCGCGCCGCCCCGUGCCCCGCCAACCUGACGGCGGCCGCGCACCCCGACUUCGCGGGGCUGCCCGCGCACGUGCGCGACUUCCUGCUCUACCGCCACUGCCGCGACUUCCCCGUGCUACGCGAGCCGCCCGCCGCCAAGUGCGCGCCGCCCGUCUUCCUGCUGCUCGCCAUCAAGUCGUCGCCGCAGAACUACGGGCGCCGCCAGGUGCUGCGCGCCACGUGGGCGCGCGAGCGGGGGCCUCGGGGGGCGCCGCUGCGUCGCCUCUUCCUCGUGGGCUCCGACCGCGACCCGCAGCAGGCGCGCAAGCUCGGCCGGCUGCUGGAGCUGGAGGCGCGCGCGCACGGCGACAUCCUGCAGUGGGACUUCCACGACUCCUUCUUCAACCUGACGCUCAAGCAGGUCCUGUUCCUGGAGUGGCAGCGAGCCCGCUGCGCGGCCGCCAGCUUCGUGCUCGACGGCGACGACGACGUGUUCGCGCACACCGACAACAUGGUCAGCUACCUGCAGGGCCGCGACCCCGACCGCCACCUCUUCGUGGGCCACCUGAUCCGAAACGUGGGCCCCGUCCGGGCGCCCUGGAGCAAGUACUUCGUGCCCGCGCUGCUGGCGCCCGAGGAGCGCUACCCUCCCUACUGCGGCGGCGGCGGCAUCCUGCUGUCGCGCGCCACGCUGGCUGCCCUGCGCCGCGCCGCGCGCACCGUGCCGCUCUUCCCCAUCGACGACGUGUUCCUGGGCAUGUGCCUGCAGCAGCAGGGGCUGGCGCCGGCCGCGCACGCCGGAGUGCGCACGGCGGGGGUGGCGGCCCCCGGCCGCCGCGGCAACUCCUUCGACCCCUGCUUCUACCGCGGCCUGCUGCUCGUGCACCGCUUCCUGCCCUUCGAGGUGCUGCUCAUGUGGGACGCGCUGAGCCGGCCUCAGCUGGCCUGCGGCAGGCGGGCCCAGGCCUACUGGCCGCCGGGAGAGCCGGGCGCGGCCAGGCCGGGGGACGACCCGGCCGCCCGCUGAGCCCCCGAGGACGCUUGGCCCCUCGCUGCCGGCCGGGGCAGGCACUCCUCUGAGCGGCCGCUAAGAGGUGCUGCGGGCCGAGCGGAUGGGUGUCAGCCUCCAGCCGCAGACCCGGCUGCAGCUUACAGCGGGAGGCGGAGGGCGCAAUACAACCCCGGGCUCCGCCCUUUUCCUUUUACCGAUUCAGCUUAUUGUACGCCACGACUGUGGGCGGUGGGCAGAGGGGAGGGGAGCCGGUCCCGCUCUCCUCCGCGUGGCGCUUUGGGCUUGAACUCAGAUCCUCAGGCUUGGUGGCAAGCACCUCUACUCCCUGGGCUCUCUCGCCAGCUGCUUUAUGUU